UGGCGCGCAUGGAUUAUGUGGGUGGUUCCUGGUGCGCUGGCGUCAUCAUUAGCCGACAUGUCACCGUCGCUCUUUGAUGACGGGUCGAGCAUGUUUGCUUGGUGACUUUGACAGCGCCUGCCGGUGACUUCUCUAACCAGGGUGUGAGACUCUCUGUACCCCACGUGUGGAUCCUUUGUCUGAUCCCUCUAUGGCUGCUAUUAGGAAGAGCUGUUCAGAGGUGCUGAGCUCUGUUUACAGGUUCCUCCGGCGCGAUGCACGCAGGGACUUUCUACCUGCCACUUGUCAGUUCCAUUCCUCUGCAAACCUGCGCGACUCCAACAGAACCUCCAUCGUAAGAUGUGGCAGAAAAACCUACAGCCGGACGUACCCGGUGUCCCUGAUCCAACCCGACGGCUCCACCGUCACCAUCCAGUACAGAGAGCCGCGCAGGAUCCUCGUGAUGCCCGUUGAUAUCACUUCCCUGUCGGAGGAGGAGAGGAGAGCGCGGCUGCGCAGGAGGGACCAGGCCAGGAAGUCCAGCAUCAAAAGAGAAAAGGAGGACUUUGGGGACGAGUUCAGCGCCGACGAGUACAGCAAGUUCUGGAAGAAGAAAUGAACGUUCUGUGAUCGGCGCGAGCUUCUGUACAUAAACCCAAUAAAUGUCUAUUAUUUUUACCGCACCGCA